ACAGUGGAACACGUGUUUAUAAAAACAAAUCGCUAGAAAUAUUCGAUAUUUCUGCAAGUAGAGAAUAUAAUGGUUGUAAUGGCUCCGGUUAAAAAACCUAGACGAGAUUUUAAAUCGGAAAACUUUGAACAAGAGCAGUCGGACAAUGAGGAUAUUAUGGAUGAAAACCCAAGUCCCGGAGAGGAAGAAAUAUCUCAAGAAGUUAAAAUUAUCGCACAAGAAGUCAGGAUUGUAAAGUCGCUGGCCUGUAAUGACUUGACCAAGCGAAAUAAACAAAUGAAAAAGUUAAGAAGAUGGCUACAGUUGCGUGCUCAGUCUUCGUUUCCCUUCAAACAAGAAGAUUUUGUGAGAAUUUGGAAGGGUCUGUAUUAUAAUAUGUGGUAUUCGGAUAAACCUUUGGUGCAAGAAGAACUGGCCGAGCAGCUGGGGAAACUGUUGGAAUGCUUCGAUGGUAAUUUGGAGCAGAGUGUAAAUUUCUUUGGUGCAUUCCUGGAGACUAUGUGUAUUCAAUGGUUUGGCAUAGAUCAGUGGCGCAUUGACAAAUUCCUUAUGUUGACAAGGCGCAUGUUGCGCUACAUGUUCAAGGUGCUAAAGGCAAAUAAGUGGGGUCAGCAUGCCGUAGAAGUCUUUAACAAGCAUGCCACAGAAUCUGUUUUGAAUGAAAAUACCACCGCUAAGGGUUUAACUAUGCACUAUCUGGAUAUUUUCUUUGAAGAAUUGGCCAAGGUGUCGGAAGGAGAUAUAUCUUCAGAGCAGGUGGCAUUGUUCGUUAGACCUUUUGUGGCUUUUACAACAACUCAAAAAGAUUUCCAGCUGAUUUCGCAUUGUCGCAGCAGAGUGUUUUACCAUUUGUUAUAUCAAAGUGACUUGGGCAGAGAAUAUUCGGAAAAGUAUAACGCUUGGAAAGAAAUGGGAUUUCCUACAAAGCACAUUGAUGACUUGGAGAGGUGUGAAGAAUCAGAAAACGAGGACAAUCCCGAACAGCAAGAAGAGGCGGAAGAAGGCGACGCUGCCAAUGGUACAAGACAUUUAGAUCCACGUGCUGGUAAUGUGGACGUAUUUAUGCCGGUUUUGCCGUUAGAUGCUCAAACAAUUAUUAAGGAUUUGGAAGAUUUCUUAUACAAGACGGAAUGUGCCACUAAGCGCCGAAAGGUUUUAAGAAAACUAUUAGAAGUCUUCAAGACAUAUCAAAAUGGUGUAUUUCCUUUGGGCAUUAAAACUAUGCCACGAUUUGAAGAGAAAUCUGAAAAGCCAUUGAUAAAAGAUAAAAUAAGACAGCUGGAAAAUUUGGAAAAUGAACUCUAUGGUGUUGAUAGAAAACUUAAACAAUUGACAAAACGUAAGAGGAGGAAACUUUUAAAAUCGAUUAACUACGACGAUAUUGAUGAGAGUAAUUACGAGCAAAAGUUGGAAAAGGCUUUGCCGAAAGACUAUUUGGUGGAACGUAGAAAAAAAUCUCAAAAGGCUUUCAUGGCGGCAUGGCUCGAAGAAGAGUUGGAUGAAGAAGACCUUAGGCCAAUGGAAACAGUUAAUCUAGAAAAUGGCAUUGGAAAAGAAAACAAUGUGACAAAUGAAAGACAAAAGAAACCUAAAAAACAAAAGUUGUUAAAACAAAACUCUGAAGAAAAAGAUGAACCGCAAAAGAAACAAAAAAAGUUGGAAAAGUCUUCGGAUCAGAUUACCAGCAACGAAUUAAACUCAAGUAAAAAAUUUAAAAAGGGCAAUUCUUCUACAGACAUUCUAAACGAAAAACCAGAAUCACCCGAUAAAAACUCAUCGACAGUUACGGAAACACUGCAGAGAAGUUCAAGUACCGCUGAAGCCCUGGACAUUUCGAAAUCAAAACCAAAAGAGACAAAAGUUUUGAAAAUUUCCGAUGCUAACGAACUGUUGACACCAAAAUCUAAACCUAAAGAGACAAAAGUUUUAAAAAUUUCCGAUCCUGGCGAAGAAUUGACUCCAAAAACUAGCAAGAAACUCACGAAAACAAUAACAUCAACGCCCCUCAAUGAAUGGGAUGAACCUUUGGCCGAGGGUGAAAUUGAAUACUUUUUGCCUUCGCGAAAGCUUCAAUUGAAGAAAGCCAAUGCUGACUUGGUUCCCAAUCCAUUGGCCAAAAACCGUCUUGCAGCCAAUCCAUCUACACCUGUGAACUCUAAGAAAAUGUCCUUGUCAACAGCUAAUACCCCCAACACUCCAGGCAGUUCAAAGCGUGUUAAAAUCGCAUUAAAACACAAUACUUCACAAAACCCCGCUGAAUACAUACAGCAAAUAAAAAGCUCUCCAAAUAUUCCUUUUGAUGCCAAGAAAAAACCGGGUAAAGGUCUGCUAAAACCAAAUGCAAUGCCCAGCCCAAUCAAUCCUUUUUACAAGAAAAAAAUUGGCUUAAAAUUGCUAAAUGAUACGAUAUGAUACUGUUGCAGGAAAAUAUUAUUUUUUAAAUAGUAAGUCAAAUCAAUGUUUUUACAAUGAAAAAUCUAGACUUUUAAAUCAGUAAGCUUGACUAGUGACAAGUAGUAGUAUGGUCUUUUCGGAUUAUGGUAAAAUAAAUGAAUGUGAAUACAAAAACAAUA